AUGAAUAGUGAAUACGAUUACUUAUUCAAAUUAUUGCUGAUCGGUAACUCCGGUGUCGGUAAGUCUUGUCUUCUAUUGAGAUUCUCCGAUGACACGUAUACCAACGACUAUAUUUCCACCAUUGGUGUCGAUUUCAAGAUUAAGACCGUCGAAUUGGACGGUAAGACUGUUAAGUUACAAAUUUGGGAUACUGCUGGUCAAGAAAGAUUUAGAACUAUAACAUCCUCUUACUACCGUGGCUCUCACGGUAUCAUUAUAGUCUACGAUGUCACCGAUCAAGAAUCCUUCAAUAGUGUCAAAAUGUGGUUACAAGAAAUCGAUCGUUACGCCACAUCCACCGUUUUGAAACUAUUGGUUGGUAAUAAAUCCGACAUGACUGACAAGCGCGUAGUGGAAUACGAUGUCGCCAAAGAGUUUGCUGAGCAAAACAAGAUGCCAUUUUUAGAGACUAGUGCUUUGGACUCCACUAAUGUCGAAGAAGCGUUCUUGACAAUGGCCAGACAGAUCAAGGAAAGUAUAUCUCACCAGCAACAAAUCGAAAUGAAAUCAGGUAAUGAUGAUAAAUCAGGUAAUGUCAACUUGAAAGGACAAAGUUUAGCCGCUAGCAGUAGCAGUUGUUGUUAG